UUAACAUAGCAACCCUAAUCCGAUGCGAAACCCUCAUUCUUCACUUUCCUUCACUUCUUCCCUAGAAGCAUCUCGUCUCCAACGCUUCCACUGAAACCCUUGCACCUUGAUGCUCACGUAAGGAAUUACAAUUCAAGUAGUGAAAACAUGUCUGAACCAGUUGAGUACCGUUGUUUCAUUGGGGGUCUUUCAUGGUCAACAUCUGACAGGGGUUUGAAAGAUGCAUUUGAAAAGUUUGGCCAUCUUGUUGAAGCAAAGGUGGUUGUGGACAGGUUUUCUGGUCGUUCUCGUGGAUUUGGAUUUGUCACUUUUGAUGACAAGAAAGCAAUGGAAGAUGCAAUAGAAGCUAUGAACGGUAUGGAUCUGGAUGGGCGAAAUAUUACAGUGGAUAAAGCCCAGCCUCAUCAAGGCUCUGGUAGAGAUCGUGAUGGGGACCGUGACCAUGAUCGUGGGUAUGAUCGUGACCGUGACCGUGGUCGUGAUCGUGGCCGUAAUCGUGACUUUGGUGGUGGACGUGGAUCCAGUGGUGGGGAGUGUUUCAAAUGUGGAAAGCCUGGGCACUUUGCCAGGGAGUGUCCAUCUGGUGAUGGGGCAAGAGGGGGCAGGUAUGGUGGGGGCAAUGAUAGAUACAGUGGCGGUGGUGGUGGUAACAGUCGCUAUGGACCUGAUCGUAAUGGGGAUCGUUACAGUGGACGCAACCGGGAUGGUGGUGGUCGUGGGGGACCAGGAGGUGACCGAUACAAUCGUGACCGUUCUGGUCCAUACGAGCGCCCUGGCCAAGGAGGCUUUCGUUCUUGAGAAAAGUUCUAUUUUGUAGCUGAAGAACCAGUGAAGAUCUGAUAGGAUAAGCAAAAGAGUUCAGAAUACACCUUUUUGCGGGAGUCUUCCUCAUACCUGGGUUGAUCAAUCUUAGCCGCUCUCACAUUUGCAAGUGUGGAACUUGGCAGGAAAAUGUGGUUGAAAUGUUUUGAGUUCUGUUGGAUGCUGAGUACAAUGUUUUGAUCAGAUGGGGUCUUAUCUUUCUUGACAUACAUCUCGAAUUUGGUCUUAUACUGUUUGAAUGCCAUUAUUGCUGCUGGAUUCUGGAUGAUUUGCUUGCAUGGUUAAUUUCAAUUCUGGGUUCUCACUCUGGUAGUAUGGAUA